CUUUGAUAACUAAAUCGAGCACCGGGAGGCGUGCCCCCCUCCUCGCGUUAGUACCGGCGGAAACAACGCGAGAUCACGUGACUCGACUCUCCUACUUCCUCCAUGUAAACAUUGGCGAUCGCAAGGCAGCGUUAACAGAGAGCCAUGGGUGAAAAUACUUUGCGUUGAAUUAUCUGCCUAACACAGUGUGACGUUUAACGUAUUUUUAACGGAGCUGCAAAAGGACCGUGACAUGAAAAACACCUGAGUCGAAGACCUGUGAGAGUUUACAGGCUGUAUGGGAAUGGGUCCCAUCCCUUCCUGGUCCAAAUGGAGAAUAAAGGGAGCGACGAGGUGGAAAAAUUGAAGACAAAGUUCUUGUCAGCGUGGCACAACGUGAAGUACAGCUGGGCUCUGAAAUCAAAGACCUCCUUCAGUAGAAAUUCCCCAGUGCUUCUCCUCGGAAAAUGUUACCAUUUUAAAGCCGAAGAUGACGACAGUCCGACAGAGGCCUGCUACGAGCCUUUUGAUGAGGACUUCGUCAUGGGGAAUGUGGAGGCUUUCCGCAAGGACUUUGCAUCCCGAGUGUGGCUCACCUACAGGGAGGAGUUCCCUCCCCUGCCCGGCUCCACCCUAACCUCCGACUGCGGAUGGGGCUGCAUGCUGAGAGCCGGGCAGAUGAUGCUUGCACAGGCGCUUACUCUGCACUUUUUGGGUAGAGACUGGACCUGGCCGGAGGCGCUGGCGCUCCAGCCUUUAGACACACACACCUGGACUACCACUGCAGCCAAGCGUCUGGUGGCCUCUCUAGAGGCAUCUCUGCAAAGCUCCCCCGGGACCUCUGAUCACAGUUUACUACCCAUGCACCAAGCCCAGGCCCCGGGAUCUGCAGAGGAGGCAGAUGCACAUUUGAAAGAGAUGUACCAUCGCACUCUGGUGUCCUGGUUUGGGGACAGCCCUUCAGCUCAGUUAGGCCUCCACAGGCUGGUCCGCUUGGGCCUGACGAUGGGGAAGCAGGCAGGGGACUGGUAUGGGCCUGCUGUGGUGGCACAUAUCCUCAAAAAAGCUGUCGAGGAAGCGAUGGACCCUGGCCUGGCGGGUAUAACUGCUUACGUCUCCCAGGAUUGCACAGUGUACAGUGCUGAUGUCAUCGAUAGCCACAGGGCACCAACAGCAGGGCAGGCCUCUCCUGAGAGCUCAGACGCCCCUCCCUCCCCGCAGGAUGACCAACCAGCAUCCAGUCGAGCCGUCAUCAUCCUCAUCCCUGUGAGGCUGGGAGGAGAGAAGACAAACCCGGACUAUUUUAACUUUGCAAAGAGCAUACUGAGUCUGGAGUACUGCAUAGGCAUCAUCGGAGGGAAGCCCAAACAGGCCUGCUACUUUGUAGGAUUUCAAGAUGACAGCUUGAUUUACAUGGACCCUCAUUACUGUCAGUCUUUUGUGGAUGUCAGCACCAGCGAUUUCCCUCUCCAGUCAUAUCAUUGCCCCUCACCAAAGAAGAUGCCUUUCAGCAAGAUGGACCCAAGCUGCACAAUAGGCUUCUACUCUAGAGGUGUUCAAGACUAUGAGAGAAUCACACAAGAGCUGUCUAAGGUGCUGCAGCCGUCAGCGAAGGAGAAAUACCCCGCGUUCACUUUUGUGCAAGGUCACGGCAGAGAUUACGACCUGUCGGCCAGCCUGACCCCGGAGAAGAGAGAGUGGCCUUUCAUCCGUGACCCGCGGAGGACGGUCACCACUGCCGGGGACUUUGUGCUGCUUUGACGGCGCUCUUUAAAAGACUACUGACAGGGAACUUCUUCUUUUAAUGAAUCAAACUGCUUCAUAUCCAACGCCUCAUGUCAGAGCCUGUUGUGACACUGAAGGUUAUGGAACUUUUUUUCUAAACUGCAGUAAUUGAUUUAUACACCCUGGAAACUUUGUGCAGUGCAAUUUUUUUCCCCAAACUGAUAAUUACUGGUUGGCCUUGUGUUGGUCACCUGUGUGAGCUUGAUGGACAAUCUGUCAGGAAGCAUUGGGUUUUUGGUGCUCUGCUUAAUUUAAUGACGUAUUUUUUUUAAUGAAUAUAUACUUAUCUCGAGAAGAGGAACAUCUUGGGGUACUAAGGAAUCUUGGGAAUUAUUUUUGCAGCAUUAUUAAGACAGCUAUUGAUAGCAACACACCAGAUUUUGGGUGAUUUGGUGUACGAUUGUAUUGCACCUUACCUCACAUCUGGGGAUUUGCUUAUAAUGCUCAUUCGGUCUAACUCGGCGCCCCCAACACUCCUGACAUGCUUUCAAGGCCAGCAGUGUCAUAGAGCAGUAGUAACUCAGACUACAAUGUUUUUAUAGUACAGUUUACAGUCUUUUCGCUGGGCUACACCUGAAGUAUAUUGACCGUUUUUCAUUUUGUGGUUUACAUUGAAUUAAGGGAAGUAUUUGAAAAGCCUUAAUUAAUAUGGGCUAUGAAGAUUGAGCCAGGUAACUUUCUCAAACUUCUCUGCCAAAAACGACUGACAACUGAAACACCUCAACAACAGGAGCCUACGGGACCCAUGCUUUGAAGGACAACUGCCAGUGUUUCACUUUAUUUAUUCACACUAGAGCACAGUUAUUUUUCUCUGAGCAAUAAUAUAAGAUGGUUUUUGUGUGGUUAUGUGAUUGUUUGCCUGCCUUAGCUUGUUUUCUGAGUGGUAUUCAUCUUGAAAAUGCAUCACAGUGAAAGUGACCAUUUGUGGCAGAAGUUUUGGUCAAAGGGAUCAUGUGUUGAAUCUCAUCUGUUUUAAAUGACCCUUUACAAUAUAACAUGUACAUGUAAUGGGAUUUGCUAUGUAUUUUUUAACACACUUGUAAAGCAACAGCUAAGUUCAAAACGUGAAAAACACACAAGCUAUAUUGUGUAGCAAUCCACACAACAUGAAGAGUGCAGAGACUUACUGUAUUAACCCUCCGAUCCAAUAGUAUUUGUAUAUGCUGUGUGCAAUUUUGUAACCUUUUAUAACAUUUCAUGUUGUUUCUUAAUAUAUUUCCUUCUUUUGUGUUUUUUUCCCCUAAUUCUAGUCUCCAGCACAGUGUGACUAGAUAAAACACAUUAACAAACCAGAUGUGAAGGAGUACUCUAGAACGUGUCAGGCUAAAAAAAAUCUGAUCAUGCACUUCAAAAACACUGAAGUAUUCUAAAUCUUCAUUUGCUAUCCCGCAUUACAACACUGGCCUGUUUGCACAGACUAACUUACAAAAUGUGUAUAUCAAAUUUUAAAUGUUUAACACUGCCGGCCAAAAAAGUUGAAUAAAGUCAACAUAUUUUACUUUCUUAA